GCUCAAGUUCAAACCAUUGGUGUUGAGGUCAUUACUACUGGUGGCUCUUCUGUUGAUACAUUGAAGGAUCGUCUCACUGGUGUUAUCGAGUCUUCUGAAAAGAAGGUUCAUGAACAUGUCGGCCAGGUGGAUACUUCGGUUGAAAUUGAAGUCGAGGAUCACAAGAUCAGUGAAAUUGUCAAGCAUGAUCAAGGCAAAGAACAAGUUGUCAUUGGUGAAGUUACCGUGAAGCCAAUCGAAAAGCCUAUCAAGGAAAGCCAUGGUGCCGUUAUCGCUAUUGGUGCUGUCGGCUAUGUACAGGCCACCGUACGCUCAUGGUUUGCCAAACUCAUGGAGGAUGUGUCUACUCGUGCUGCCAAGGGUGGAAACAACGCUCAGGGCGAGAUCGAAGUGAUUGUUUCUGAAGCGACUAAGAAGAUCGAAAGCGACUUUGUUGUGAUUGCUGGCAAGACUAAGGGAGCUGAUGCCGAGCUCGCCAAGACCAUUGAAUGGGCCAAGGGAAUGGUUAUUCAAGGAUCAACUCAGGUACAAGCCAUUGGUGUGCAAGCUGUCUCUGCUGGUACUUGUGAGAAGGAUACCAUCCAUAGCCAAAUGUCUCCUUUGAUUGAAGCUACCAAUACCCAAAUCGAUACUGCUCUUAGCAAGUGCGAUUCAUCUGUGAGCAUUGAAAUCGUGCAGGAUGACAAGACCACUAUCGUUCCCGUUGGCAAGAAGACCACUGUAGCAUCCGACAAGAAAUCGCAUACGGUGCAACACAUUGUGGAAGGUGCAGUGGCAGCUGGUGUUGUUGGUGCAAUCGCCCAUGAAGCCAUCAAGAAGACCCAUGACAAGCCCUCUGCAACAGAGCAUGUGAAGCAAUCCGUGGAUGUCAUUGAACAUGAUGAUGUCAUUAUCGAUGUCGUAUCCACUGAAGUUGUUGAAAGUGCUGGCAACAGUAUUUCUAGCUGGUUUACAAGACUUAUUGAACGACUAGCACUUGUGCUUGAGACAUCUGUUACUGUGCAAGGCGAUCUUGAGCACGUACUUUCAGAGGCUGAAUUGGAAUUUGCUGGCGAGUUUGCCAAGUUCAAGCGAAACGCAUUGAAGGCCAAGACCAAGGACGUUUCCAUGCAAGCUCUCGAUAAGUUCUUUGCUGAUAUGCAUACAAGCAUUACAGGCCAGCUCACGAUCAUCAGAAGCAAGCUCGUUGAAACCCAAUCUCAUGAAUCCAUGGAUCGUCGAGCCAUGCUCUAUGGUAUUGCUGCUGGUGUAAGCAAGCAAAUCUCACAACAAGUCCAAGUUGUCAAGGAGUCCUCCGAAGCUGUCAAGGUUGAAAAGGUUGUUGGUGAACAAGCCGCUAUUGUCAAGCCAUCCAAGCCUGCACACAAGGUUGAUAUUGCCAAGGUACAAGCUUUCAAGGCUGAAAUCCAUGUUUGGUACACCACCCUUAUGGGUCAACUUCUUGCCUGUUACGAUCAAGACAACGUUGAUGUUUCCAAAGCCGCUGGCCGUGUCACUACUGCUGAACAAGAGCUUGAGGAAAUCAUUCAAUCCGCCAAGAUCUCUAUCAAGGGUGACUCUGAAUCCGAAAAGGCUGUCAGCACGUCCAUUGAAUAUGUCCAUUCCAUUGCCAAAUCCCAGCUUUCAGUUAUCAAGACCGUUGCUACCAAGGAAAAUGUAUCCAAGACUGAUGUGAAGGCACAGCUGGAGAACAUCUUGCUUGUUUCAAGCGAGAAGAUUGACAAGGCUGUUGAUAUGCACAUUUCCAAGAAGAAGAGCAAGGCCCAUGUUAUUGUUGAGAGCAAGGAGCAGAUGCAAGAGCGCUUACAAAAGGAAGUUGCAUUGGUUGCAGAAGACUGCAAUAUCAAGAUCUUUGGCUGGUACGAAACUCUUGUUGACCAAAUCCGCAUUGCUUCUCGAAAGGAGGGUUGUGAUAUCAAGGUUGAAAUCAAGGUGCUUGUGGAGAAGGCCAUGGAGGAUCUCAAUGUCAUUGUGCUUGAAUCUAAGCGUAAGCUUGUCAGCACCGGCAAUUACGACAUUGUGCUCGGAGUUGAUAUGGAUGUAGCAUCCACUGCUGCAAUUGCACAGACCCAUGCCUUGCAUUGCUUUGAUCAGAUCCAACACACUGUACAGAACCAAGCAUUUGCCCUUGAACAUCUUGACGUGGAUGGUGUCGAUAUUGAAGAAGCCCUCAAGUACAAGGUGAUACUCUUUAAGCAGCGUAUUGGCCACUCUUUUGAAUAUGCUGCUGGUGCAUCUAUUGCUGCCGUCUUUGAAGGCAAGACGAUCACCUGGGUUGAGACCACCACUAUGCCGGAAUCUUUCGCUGGUGUGCGUGCAUUUGCCUUUGAUCUUGUUGGCACCGUUACGGAUUACAGCACAACUAUUCGCAAGAUCUGGAUCACUAUUAUUGACAACCACUGCAACAAGGCUCUUGAAAAGAUCGACAUUGUUGAAUUCGUUGCCAAGUGGCAUGCCGUCUUUUUGGAACGUCGCAGCGCUGCAGGUGACGAGAAACGCAUUUCCGAUGUUGCUCUUUUCCGUAUCAUUUUGAUUGAAUUACUCAAGGAACAUGGCGUUGCCGAGAAUGCAUUGACAACUGAGGAAUUGGAUCGACUUUGUGCUGCCUGGGUGAAGCUUGACUUGUACCAAGAUGCAAAGUCGGGUAUCAGCCGUAUCAAGAAACAGAGCUUGCAAGAUACAAUGACCGUUGCUUUCUCAUCAGCCUUCUCUACUCGUUCUAUGGUUGAUCUCGCACGCCAUGGAUGUCUUUGCUGGAAUGCUCAAUUCGGUGCUGAUAUGUUUGCUGACGGCAAGAAUGCUGAAUCGGCUGUCCAAGGUGUUGCGGACUUGUUGGCUCUCAAUGGACCUGAAGAACUUGCUAUCGUUUCUGCCAAUGCAAAUGUGCUUGCAGCCGCCAAGGCAAUGGGUACACGUACAGUCCACAUUCAUCGCUUGACCCACGACACCGCUUCGGAGCAAUUUGAUCUUGAAAUUGAUGGCAUUGAUAUGCUCGCUGAAAGCUUUGAGACCAUGCUUGAAACCCAAAACGCCAAGAAUGCUACCAGUCGCGGUUGGUUCCAACGAGUCGUAGACACUGCCACCGAUGCUGCAUCUGCAGUCACUCGUGUCAUCAACUACUAG